AUGGUAUUACUACGUGUUUGUAAACGUGUUGUUAAUUAUGAAUUCACAAGAAAAAUCAGCAACAUAAUUCCACAUAAAGAAGCCUUUGAUUUCAGAAAAAAGAAUCACAUUCAAAGGCAAGAACUAAACCAGAAAGAGCAUUCAUGGAGGCACCUCAGCAUGAACAAAGAUACAACAUUCCACAUCAGAAAAAUCGAAGCAAAGGAUAAAGAACGUGUCAUUGAAUUUCUAAGAAAAUAUUUCAUGCGCGACGAGCCGAUAUCCCAAGCAGUGAAACUUAUAAACGGUCCAGAUGACCGAUGUGUGGAAGCUGAGCAAAGUGUGAGCAGUGCUAUUGAUGAAGGAUUCUCAUUAAGCGCUGUUGAUGAAAAUGAAGAGCUGGUGGGAGUCGUCAUCAAUGCGACCAUGCAUAGAAAUGAUACUGGCUGUAAAGAAGCAGCGGAGAACUGUGCUAAUCCUAAAUUUAGACGUAUUCUAGCCGUUCUAAUGUAUAUGCGGGAAAAGUCUCAACUCUGGGAAAAAGUGCCAAGUAGUUGUAAUAUGGUAAUGGAUCUUACGAUGGCAUCUGUGCAUCCGAAUUGGAGAAAACGACGCGUCAUGGAAGCACUAGCCAAAGAAUCAGAAUGUAUUGCUAAAAAAGUGCAUGCAUGUGCUAUACGCAUGGACGCAACGUCGUUUUACUCAGGGCGCGCAGCUGAACGAUUGGGGUACAAGAGUAUAUACGCCAUCAAAUACGCUGAUAUACCAGAUGCACCACUGCCUAAGUUACCCCACAUCGAAGCUAGGGUCUACAUAAAACUAUUAUAA